AUGAGCCCUUUGCUGUUCACUACCCUGGCUACCCUGGCUAUCCUUCUUCAACUUCUCGCCCUUUGUGUAGCUGUUUUAAAACCCUUUGAGCUCUUUGAUUCUUGUAAGGAAUGGCGGACUACCAACAUGUACUGGCUGGCCAUGCUGAUAGAGCUCGCAGGAACAAGCGGAGCUGGACUGAAUGGAUCAAACAUAUCUUUGUUUGCCCUAGAUUUGGAUACAGGGAGCAACUCAAGAAACUAUGUGCAAGAGCUCUUUAAUAGCUUUCCAGCAACUGUAGCUGGAGGCGGGAAAAUAGAUGACUGA